GGUUCCCGGGCGGGUCCUAGUGCCCCCGUCCCGUCCCCUCCGGUGUCGCGGCCGCAGCAUGGAGGCGCGGGUGCCCUACGAUGACUUCCCGGUGGUUUUCCUGCCGCCCUACGAGAGCCCUCCCGCCUGGGUGCCGCCGCACGAGAGGGUGUUCCACCCCGACUACAACAACGAGCUCACCCAGUUCCUGCCCCGCACCAUCGUCCUGAAGAAACCGCCCGGGGCGCAGCUGGGCUUCAACAUCCGGGGAGGAAAAGCUUCCCAGCUGGGGAUCUUCAUCUCUAAGGUGAUCCCUGACUCAGAUGCACACAGGGCUGGGCUGCAGGAAGGGGACCAGGUGCUCUCUGUCAAUGAUGUGGAUUUCCAGGACAUCGAGCACAGCAAGGCUGUGGAGAUCCUGAAGACAGCUCGUGAGAUCACCAUGCGUGUGCGGUACUUCCCCUACAAUUACCAGAGACAGAAGGAAAGAACUGUUCACUAGUUGGCAGCUCUCUGCUGGCUCUCUGGGGUAGCCUCCUGCAAAAUCCUCUCCACUACUCUUCCUCAACACGUGAGAUGACCCAUCAAGUUUCAGCUGUCACUGGAGGUACAACUGUCCCUUUGGCUGCACUGGCACCACCAGCUCUGCCUCCUGCCUGGAGGGAUGUCAGCACUGAGCAGGAAGAUGGAUGGGGCUGGAGUCUGUACUCCUUGUACUGGCUGUUGAGACAACCUGAUGCUGAAGUGGGUCCUGGAGGGCAACUUCUGCAGCAGGGUCUGGGCUUCUCUUCUCAUAGGACGUAAAUUAAAUGAGUGCUUUGGUUCUGGAUCCAACCCUUCUUGCUAGGUGCAAGACCAACAGGGUCUGAGCAUGCUUGAGCAGAGCACAUUCUUUUGUCCUGCAGGAGUGAGCAACCUGUUCAGUUUCCUGGUGACAUCAAAUUCUUUCCUUCUCCACUGUCCUACUUCUGCUCUACACUCUGGGUUUGCUUGGGACUGGAGGAGCAGGGCUGAGGCCACCACACUAAGUCUGGUCUGCCAGGCCCCCUGUGUCUCUUUGCUGCCCAACAGCCCACAGGGUGCAGGACCAAGAGGUGUGGAACAUGGAAAAUCUUUCUGUGGGCACUUGGCCACCUUCCCUCCAGCGUGCUGCUCAGAGGGGUGAGGGUUUCACUGCUCAGCUUCCUUCCUUGGCUUGACACAGCCCUGUCCCUUGUUACCUGCUCCCAUCACAACCUCUGAGAUAAACUUCACCCCUUCCCUCCUCCCAGAGAGGAGGAGGAAGCCAAGAGCAGGGGUGGCAAGGUGUGAGCUCUCAGCAAAGCUGGGUGCAGACACGUGGCAGCAUCAGUGCCAGCAGGACAGCCCUUGUCUGCCCUUCAUGCAGUGUUCUCCUCCUCUGCAAUAAAGAAUAAAACGAG